AGCAGAGAGGAGUUGAGGGCGAUGAGAGCGGGUACUGCGAACUGCCGGGCGAUGCCGUCGCUGCCGCCGUGAUACGGAGAGCAACAGUUCCCCAGCAACACCCCUCCCCGACACAGGCACACACCCCCCGACAGGCACGCACACCCACCCCACAGUGCCCGGCUCGGCUGCGGUGAGUGAAGGGCCGGGGAGAGGCGCACCGCCCAGCGAGCGCCGCGCGCCAGGGCCCCCCGGGGCUGGAGAGGUCUGGGGGGCGCGCGCUCGCUUCGGCCACUCGGCCGCUGGGCUUGUGCCUUUUUUAUUUGGCGUGUUCCCUUACUGCCGCUGCAGCCGUCGCCGCCACCGGUUGGGGAUCGACUGGAAGGGGGAGCCCCGGCUGUCAGCCUGGGCGCAGCUGCCUCCCCAGCCCUUCCUCUCCGGGGCACGGUCGGGUCCCUUCUGUUGGCCCAGGAAGCCCACCCUGCCCCACCACGCAGAGCGCAGAAGGAAAGAGAGCCUCAUGCCUGAGCCGAGGGGAGCACCAUGGAUCUGACAAAAAUGGGCAUGAUCCAACUGCAGAACCCCAGCCACCCCACGGGGCUGCUGUGCAAGGCCAACCAGAUGCGGCUGGCUGGGACUCUGUGUGAUGUGGUCAUCAUGGUGGACAGCCAGGAGUUCCACGCCCACCGGACGGUGCUGGCCUGCACCAGCAAGAUGUUUGAGAUCCUCUUCCACCGCAACAGCCAGCACUAUACUCUGGACUUCCUCUCGCCAAAGACCUUCCAGCAGAUUCUGGAGUAUGCAUACACAGCCACGCUGCAAGCCAAGGCGGAGGACCUGGAUGACCUGCUGUAUGCGGCCGAGAUCCUGGAGAUCGAGUACCUAGAGGAGCAGUGCCUGAAGAUCCUGGAGACCAUCCAGGCCUCAGAUGACAAUGACACGGAGGCCACCAUGGCCGACGGCGGGGCCGAGGAAGAAGAGGACCGCAAGGCUCGGUACCUCAAGAACAUCUUCAUCUCGAAGCAUUCCAGCGAGGAGAGUGGGUAUGCCAGUGUGGCUGGACAGAGCCUCCCUGGGCCCAUGGUGGACCAGAGCCCUUCCGUCUCCACCUCAUUUGGUCUUUCAGCCAUGAGUCCCACCAAGGCUGCAGUGGACAGUUUGAUGACCAUAGGACAGUCUCUCCUGCAGGGAACUCUUCAGCCACCUGCGGGGCCCGAGGAGCCAACUCUGGCUGGGGGUGGACGGCACCCUGGGGUGGCAGAGGUGAAGACGGAGAUGAUGCAGGUAGAUGAGGUGCCCAGCCAGGACAGCCCUGGGGCAGCUGAGUCCAGCAUCUCAGGAGGGAUGGGGGACAAGGUUGAGGAAAGAGGCAAAGAGGGGCCCGGGACCCCGACUCGAAGCAGUGUCAUCACCAGUGCUAGGGAGCUGCACUAUGGGCGAGAGGAGAGUGCUGAGCAGCUGCCACCCACAGCUGAGGCUGGCCAGGCCCCCGCCAGCCGACCUGAGCACCCAGCACCCCCGGCUGAGAAGCAUCUGGGCAUCUACUCCGUGUUGCCCAACCACAAGGCCGAUGCUGUAUUGAGCAUGCCGUCUUCGGUGACCUCUGGUCUCCAUGUGCAGCCUGCCCUGGCAGUCUCCAUGGACUUUAGCACCUAUGGGGGGCUGCUGCCCCAGGGCUUCAUCCAGAGGGAGCUGUUCAGCAAGCUGGGGGAGCUGGCUGUGGGCAUGAAGUCAGAGAGCCGGACCAUCGGGGAGCAGUGCAGCGUGUGUGGCGUCGAGCUUCCUGAUAACGAGGCUGUGGAGCAGCACAGGAAGCUGCACAGUGGGAUGAAGACGUACGGGUGUGAGCUCUGCGGGAAGCGGUUCCUGGAUAGUUUGCGGCUGAGAAUGCACUUACUGGCUCAUUCAGCGGGUGCCAAAGCCUUUGUCUGUGAUCAGUGCGGUGCACAGUUUUCAAAGGAGGAUGCUCUGGAGACGCACAGACAGACCCAUACUGGCACCGACAUGGCCGUCUUCUGCCUGCUGUGUGGGAAGCGUUUCCAGGCACAGAGCGCACUGCAGCAGCACAUGGAGGUCCACGCGGGCGUGCGCAGCUACAUCUGCAGCGAGUGCAACCGUACCUUCCCCAGCCACACGGCCCUCAAACGCCACCUGCGCUCACAUACAGGUGACCACCCCUAUGAGUGUGAGUUCUGUGGCAGCUGCUUCCGGGAUGAGAGCACGCUCAAGAGCCACAAACGCAUCCACACGGGUGAGAAACCCUACGAGUGCAAUGGCUGUGGCAAGAAGUUCAGCCUCAAGCAUCAGCUGGAGACGCACUAUAGGGUGCACACAGGUGAGAAGCCCUUUGAGUGUAAGCUCUGCCACCAGCGCUCCCGGGACUACUCGGCCAUGAUCAAGCACCUGAGAACACACAACGGCGCCUCGCCCUACCAGUGCACCAUCUGCACGGAGUACUGCCCCAGCCUCUCCUCCAUGCAGAAGCACAUGAAGGGCCACAAGCCCGAGGAGAUCCCGCCUGACUGGAGGAUAGAGAAGACGUACCUCUACCUGUGCUACGUGUGAAGCGGGGGCCCACGGCAGUGGAGCCGAGCGGGGAGCCAGGAAAGAAGAGUUGGAGUGAGAUGAAGUCAAGGAAGGACUGUGAAAAAUAAAAAAAGGAAAAGAAAAAAAAAGAGAAGAAAAAGGAAACCUGAUAGCUUUUUGGCCUUGGAUUCUCUCUGGGCUCCAGAUGACCUGGAUGCCAAGCCACUGCCCCUCCUCUGGGGGCCUCCACCCUCCCCUCCCGGCUGGAGGUUUGCCUGAUUUUCUGCCAUGGGGUGGGGUAUGUCGUUCACUCAAAUGGUGGCAGAUUUUUCUCCUCUCUCCACCCAGUCCUUCCUUUAUGUAUCCAGAAACGGAGGCUAAGAAGCAGGUGAGAGGUCCUCUGGUCAGAGCCACACAGUCUCUGUCGGCCGUCCUCCUCCAGCCCCCCAGAAGAUGAAGGGAGGGAGGAGGGGAGCCAGAAGGGCUCUCCCCUGCAGAUCGGGCUGGGCUGGCUCACUAGUUGCUCAAAAUGGCAGCUCUAGUUUGCUGGAGGCCAACUAGGGAGAGGAAGGGCUCUGUUUCUCUUCCCACCACUCAGCCCACCUGCUGCUUUCCUCUGCUCUGCCACAUCUGGGUGUCCCCUGGUGGUCUCUGAGAGCCUCGAGGCCCCUCCCCCUCCCCCAGCUCUUUGUUCCCAGCCUCCCCUUGACUCUUGUCCUCCAAGUCCCAGGGGAGUCCCAGCCCCUCAGGGACCUGGCGGUAUCUCCAUCCUUUCCACUUCCCUAGUGGGACAGCUGCCUCUGACUCCAGAGCCCUCCUACCCUCAGCCUUCUGAGAACAGAAAACAAAUAGAAUACCCCACCCUAGUCCAGCCCCAUCAUGAGCAGGAUUCCUGCUGCGCUGCUUCCAAAAUGGAAAAGCAUCACAACUAAAUACCUAAUAUCCUACCAAACAAACAACAGCCCCUACAGCGGCCCUACUUCAGUCCCAUGGAGGGUUUAUGAUCCAAGGGAAGGCUGUGGAUGUCUUUCUCUAGAGAGGCCCUACACCUGAAGAAGAGGACACCCCGCCCGCCCGCCCCCCUGGGCUGAAGGAAGCUGGGCAAGGGAGGAAGUUGCUGAGUCACACUGGGGACCCCAGACGUAGUGAGCUCAGCAAGAAAACCCAGGUUUGGAGAGAGUCGCACAGAAUUCCUGACUCAUGGGGCUCCUCGGUCCACAAUGGGGAGGAGGAGGAGGAGCAGGAGGAGGAGGAGGAGGAGGACGAGGACGAGGAGGACGAGGAGGACGAGGAGGAGGAGUUGAAAGCGCUUUGGCAUUGUGUUAUGUUUUGCUUCUUUUCUGUGUCCCCUGUUAGCACAUUGUACUUGAAUUACCUCAGUUUUUUGUGACCUCAUGAGCUUUUUUAACCUCUGUUAUCUCUUUUUUAGUUGGGGCUUGGAGGAAUGGGGAGGGUGUUCUUUUCUGUUUCUUGUGUAAAUUAAUAGUUGUUUUUAUAGACUUCAGCUGGCCAAGGCCCUCCCCAUGCCCCUGGAGACCAGCCUCCCAGCUGGAAGGAGCUGCGCAGGAGGAGUUGAUACUCAGGAUCUGAAUGGGAGGGCUGGGGAGGGCAAAAAAGUGGGUAGGGAGGGGAUGUCGCACUGGGGUCUCAUGGUCCCCAAGGGGCACUAGGGAGUCACUGUUGGCUCUGCCCGGGGCAUGAAGUCACCUGUGGCCACCAUCCGUUCAGCCUAAAACACUCUGGAGGGAAUCCUACCUUUCUUACAAUUUGCUGGGCCAUUGAAGUUUGAGGGCCUGUACUCGGAUCCUUGCAACUGUGUGGUCCCACCUCUGUGUGCAUUCUCAUUGCCAGAACUGGUCUGUUUUCACGGCCGGUCUUUGGGGAGGGGGCGGGAUCCAGCCUUUGUUGUGUUGUGUUGGGGUGGGGGUGUUGUUUUUCUAAAAGCUACCUCUUCCGUUUGUCCAGUUGUUCUUUUGUUCCUUUCCCACCUCCCGUUCUGCUGCUCUUCCUCCCUCUUUUCCCCAACCUCCCCCCACCCUCCUGAAUUUUGGAAAGCACAUUUGCAAUGUUUGUGUUUGCUUUGGGACGGACCCUCCGUUUCAUCUCAUGCUUUAUGUGUAAGAGUUUUUAUUAUUAUUAUUUUUUCUUUCCUUUCUCUCUCUGAGAAAGUUGUGGCUGCGUUUUGAUCUUAGGUUUUACAAAGUGAUUUAGGGAAGCGGUUUGGGGAGAAGGGUCUCGAGGAAUGUAGGGAAGCCAGAGGGAUGGGUGCUGCUGUGACGACCCCCCUGUCCCUCGGCCCCAGCCCUCCUGCCCUCCCCUUCAAUCUCAUCCACCAAAUCUGAAGGCCUUAAAAUUGUGUGUUGGGGGGAUGUGAAUUGGGAGGACAGCGUCACUAGACUGUUCAUUAGGGAUGAUAAAGUAGGGAGGAUGCUAUUUUGCAACCAUGAUCACGACUUAGUGUUUUGGAAAGGAAAAGAAGCUAAACUUGAAAUAUGUGACUAGAACAGUUGUCAUGAUUCUAAUGUGAAAAGGGUGAACUCAUUUGGGGGAGGGGCCGUCUGUAAGAAAUCAUUAUGCACUAUGGCUUCCUCCUCUGGUCUGGGAAGAAGCAGGGACUGGCUGGCCCUCAGGGGAUCUGUAAAUCCCAGAAAACAGUACUUUUAACAGCAAGAUGUCAUUCAACAUGGGUGGGGAAGGAAGAGAAAAAAAACUAUUCCGUAGAACUAGCGGGCCCCUCCCUCCCUUACCCUUCCCACUCAGCCUGGGCCCCUCCCCCCUCCAUUCAUAAAAGCUCAGAGGGUUGAGCUGAUCUUUACAAAUUGUAAUAUUUUUGUAGUAUCUGUUAGUUCCUUCGUCAGUUCUGCAGAACCUUGCCCUUUCCUUUUGUAAUGUGAAUAGGAAGACAAAAGACAAAAAUAAAAGUCCACCACCACCAAAAUAUCCCUUUGUACAUGUGUGUGCGUGUGCGUGCGUGCUUUGUGUGUGUGGUUGUGUGUCAAAUCAUGCAGUAUUGUCAUAAUCUGGUGUUGCAGCAUUGGAUAGUACUAAAUCAGCAUCUGGACACCCCCUCCCCCCCCACCCCCAACCCCGCUGCAGACCCCAGUGGGGAGGUAGGGGAGAGCUCGGGGGAAUGUGGUUUCUGAGGGCUACUGUCUGGGGUCACCUCUGAACUUGCUGUACCCUCCUCUCCCCAUGAAGACACCUGAAUAGAGUGUAACAUGCCUCUUCUCCAACUUCCUACCCACAACGACGGAACAGUUCUAAUGUCACAAGGCCUAGUGGCCAGGGGGCAAGGUGAGAGCUUUAGAAGUGUCUGGAGUUAAGGGGGGAGGAGGAGGGUGGGAGGGUCUCUCCCAGGUGGGAUCUGAAUAUCUCUCCUCCCCCCUUCUUCAUGCCAUCUGACUCCUUUGGCACCUGGCUGCCUUUAGCUGUGGUACUGCUGACAACCCUGCUUGCUACUGCCUUACCCAGCACAGUGAAAAACUUCUCCAGCCUGGCAAGGCCACGUUGGUUAAUAGUCCCUUUCCCAUGUCCAGCUCCUACAAGUGUGUCCCUUAAUGCGUUUGGUGACAUUUAUGCCUCACUCAUGUGCUCUUUCCCUAGCCACUCCUUCACUCAUUCAAAGCAUUAAAAUCCUAUGUAUAUAUAGGAUAGACAAAUAUAUAGAUAUAUAUAGAUAUAUAUAUAGCAAGAGACUGAUAUAAAAUAGUAACUAUCAUUGCUGCUUUGGGCUGCUUUGGAGGAGGAGGAGGCCGUGAAUAUGGGGAAGGCAGAUCUUGGGGUGCAGGGGUGGGUAGGGAGGCUGAGGGACCCAGUGAUUCAGUACAAUCCAAGGGAUGCAACGCGGGCUUGUUUAAUCUUUGUGCCUGAACAGUUUUUCCAUGUUGAGAAAAAAAAGAAAAAAGAAAAAAAACACUGCUGCAAUUUUUCACAAGUGUAUGGUACCUUUCUGGAUGCUAUUGGUACAACUGCUGUGGAUGGGAAAGGGUCACUGAGCGUACCUCCUUAUAGGGGAGUGAGCAGAGGUGGGCAGCCUUUCGACUCUGUCUAUGACAGGGUGGCAGGGUGAGGGGAGUCUUUGGGCCAGUUUCCUGGCAAGCCGAGCUAGGGUGAAAACUGGGGGCGCACCAGGAUGUCAGACAGAAAAGCAGGAGAUUAGACUCUGUUCAUUCACCUUUCUUAGGCCCAUCCUGUGGUCAUCGUUCCCCCUCCCAUCUUAUCUCCUCCUUCCUGGAGCCUCUGCUGGCUUGGCUAGAAUGGUGGCACUUACCUGGGUAUUUCAGUGGGAGGACAGAAAGCGAGACUCACCCUACGUGGUGGGACAGAUGGGAGGGGAAAAAAAAGGCAGAGAUGGCCAGGAGAACGGUGCAGGACAAGCCAGAGAGGUUGGGUCAGGGGAGAGGGGUGGGGAGGAAGAGGGUGCAGUUCCUGCAGACCAGUUAGCCAGCAGCUGCGGCCUCCCCGGGCCCUUGGCAUCCCACUUCGCAGACAGGGUACCAGCCUCCUGGUGUGUAUCAUAGGAUUUGUUCACAUAGUGUUAUGCAUGAUCUUCGUAAGGUUAAGAAGCCGUGGUGGUGCACCAUGACAUCCGACCCAUAUAUAUAAAGAUAAAUAUAUAUAUAUAUAUGUAUGUAAAUUAUAGCACUGAGGGCCCCGCUGCCCUGCUGGACCAAGCAGAACUAAGCCUUUUGGUUUGGGUAUUAUGUUUUGUUUUGUUACUUGUUUGUUUCUGUGGCUUGUCUUAUGUCGUGACAGCACAAGUGCCAGUCGGACUGCUCUGUAUUACAGAAUAGUGUUCUUAAUUCAUCGAUGUUCUAGUUAAUGUCUACCUCAGCGCCUCCUCUUAGCCUAAUUUUAGGAGGUUGCCCAAUUUUGUUUCUUCAAUUUUACUGGUUACUUUUUUGUACAAAUCAAUCUCUUUCUCUCUCUCCCUCCUCCCCACCUCUCGCCCUUGCCCUCUCCUGUCUCCCCCUCCCAAACUCCCCUCCUCCCUCUGGCUCCCCCUCUCAUUUUUGUUGGCUCCAUUCUCUCUCCCUCCCUCCUUCCUUCUGCUGCCCGCCCCCCUCCACCCCGUCCCCAGCCCACUUCCCCAAGUCGUGCUUGCCGCUCCGUAUCUGUUCUAGUUCCGAAGCAGUUUCACUCAACGUUGUGCAGUCCUGGUUGCAGCUUUCCGCAUCUGCCUUCGUUUCGUGUAGAUUGAUGCGUUUCUUUGUAAUUUCAGUGUAUCUGACAAGAUUUAAAAAAAAAAAAAAAGAAAAAAUGAAUUUACUGCUGCAGGUUUUUUUCUCUCUCCAUGUGUCACUAAGUGAAGUUUGUGCCUUCUAUAGCAAAGAGAAUAUUUUUUACAUCCUACUAACAGUAGAUUUUUUUGUAGUGAACAUUUUUUGUAUUUUUAUUUAUAAGUCUCAUAAGAAAAAUAGCAAUGUUCAGUUGUAUACCUUGAAUCUGCAGUUAGAAGAGAAUAAAGUUAAUUCAGUUGUCUCU